GAUCCGUGUUAGCAGGUUGGUUCAGACAAGUGAAAUAUUGACUGCUGCGCUUUGGCAACAAGCUUGUGGGAGAAGCAACUUGGAGAAAGCGCAAAUGCUGUAGAUAAUACAGUAUGGAAGCAACAUCUAUAUUCACUGGAAAUAAUGAAUCGGCAAGCUACUAUGGUGCAGGUCUUCGAGGGGAAUGAUCUGCUUGUUCGAGGGCAGCUCUAUUCAGAUCUGGACUCAGCACUGGUGACAGGGACAUGGGACUCUUCUUCCGAGCUUCCAGCAGGCUCAAUACAACAGACAUCCUGGUUGACAGCAUUGAAAGGGAUCCUGGGUGUAUCUUUUUCACUAGUGGUACACCACAGGCCUGUAACUGGAACACAUAUUGGGCUCCACGCUUUUGGUAGAGGCUCCAACUAACCUUCUCUAAUGAGGAUGUCUGAUACUGUUACUGUAAAAGAAAAUACAGAAACAAUGAGAGGUUCUGAGGCAGAGGAGAAUGACCUGACACCAGCAGACAGCUUGACAAAAUCAGAAAGCCAGGAUCAAAUUGAGCCUGAGAAAGAUGAAAGCUACAGUGACAACAAAGAUGAAUCACAGCGACAAAUGCAAUCCCUUGGACAGACAGGAAAAAGGCCAAAGUCUAAUACAAAGUUAAAGCUAGUUCGGAGCCUGGCUAUGUGUGAAGAGUCUUCUCCUCCCCUAAUAACUGAACUGCCACAAGACCACCAGGAUACAAUUCAGAUACAGUUCAUCCAGUCAUUUGAUAAAGAAGAACCCCCCACUGAAGAUGAGGAUGAGAAAGAAAAGGGCAUGGAGAAAGUGGAAAAAUCCGAUAAAAUACCCAGAAAAAUGUUAUCCAGAGAUUCCAGUCAAGAAUACACAGACUCCACUGGCAUAGAUCUCCAUGAAUUUUUAGUAAAUACAUUAAAAAACAAUGCCAGGGAUAGGAUGAUGUUGCUGAAGUUGGAGCAGGAUAUUGUUGAUUUUAUCAGUAAUAAUGAAUCACAACGAAGAAAAUUUCCUCCUAUGACAUCUUACCACAGAAUGUUAGUACACAGAGUAGCUGCGUACUUUGGCUUAGAUCACAAUGUUGACCAAACUGGGAAAGCUGUCAUUAUUAACAAAACCAUCAAUACACGAAUUCCUGAUCAGAAGUUUUGUGAGCAUUUUAAAGAUGAUAAAAGCGAUGAUUUUCAGAAACGGUACAUUCUUAAAAGAGAUAACUCAAGUAUGGACAAAGAUGAUAACCAGGUUUUCUAUUUCCAGAUGCGUAUCAGACUGAAAGAUGACAGGAGGAGCAAGUCAUUUGAAGAGCGAGAAGAAGAGUACCAACGAAUAAGAGAGAGGAUAUUUGCACCAGAUGCAGCUUUAUGUGCCCAAGAAAACUAUCCCCCAGAUAAAAGAUUCCAGGAAGAGGAUGCUUCUAAUAGUACUCAACAACGUCGACAGAUAUUUAGAGUAAAUAAGGAUGCGUCCGGACGAUCAGGAAGCAGCACAGAUAACGAACUGAAGUACUCAGAGCCCCGUCCCUGGAGCAGCACUGACUCUGAUAGCUCCAACCGCAACCUUAAGCCGGCUAUGACCAAAGCCAGCAGCUUUAGUGGCAUUUCCUUGCUGAUGAGGGGAGACAGCUCAGGGAGCAGUAAGAGCACAGGCAGGCUCUCAAUGACAGGUUCUGAGUCCUCUAGUAGUGUAGGGUCAUCUACGGGUUCGCUUUCUCGCACCCAGCAGCCACUUCCUGUUACAGCUUUAAGCCAGAACACCCUUGGUGCUCCUGCCGUCUAUCCAACUGUCGGCACUAGUAAUUCUCUUUCCUUUGAUGGUGGCAUGAGUGGGCAAGGGGCUUCAACAGCUAGCACUAGCUACUAUUUGCUUCCCUUGGAAGCUACAGGGAUACCUCCUGGCAGUAUCCUGAUCAACCCGCACACAGGUCAACCAUUUGUGAACCCUGAUGGCUCUGUAGUUGUGUACAACCCCACCAUUGCACCGCAAUCUGUACCGAACCCUGCACAGCACCCCCCUCUCCCACCCCCACCUGCCCCCCAGCAGCAGCAGCAACCAGCCAAUCACGUUCUUUCUCAACCAGUUCGGUCACUCCAGCCUUCUACGCAGCCUGUCCAGUACUCUACGAUCUCUUAUCCACCUCGUCUCCUGACAGUCUGUCCUAACCAGCAAUAUACUGUGCAAGAAAACCUUGGGGCCCAGUUCAGCCAGAUGAACCUCGUCAGACAGCCUUCCAAUGAAGCUCCCGAUGCACACACUGCCAUGUUCCCAUCAUCGGUAGUCCUUCAGCCCCCCCAGCACACAGGGUAUAUUAUAGCACACUCAGGGCAGCAGGUUCCUGCCCCUACGUACUCCAACUCUGGUCCUCCUGUCAAUCAGCAAGUUCUACAGCAACAAGGAUAUAUGCAGCAGCCCGUGCAGCAGAUGCCCACAUGUUACUGUGCACCAGGCCAGUACCCACACUCCAGUCAGCAGUAUCGGCCUGUUACCCCUGUCCAUUACAGCACCCAGCAGAAUCAGCCUUUGCAACCGGCAGCACAGCAGCCAGGUUACCAAACUGUGAUGCCUAGUCAACAGCAGAGCUAUCAAAGCGUCAUGGGAGUGCAGCAACCACAGAAUCAAAAUGUAGUAAGCAGCCAACAGAACAAUAUGGGAAGCCAGAUGCAAGGCAUGAUGGUCCAGUAUCCUCCAGUGUCCUCUUAUCAGGUUUCAGUGCCUCAAGGUGCGCAGGGCAUUCCCCAGCAGACAUAUCAGCAGCCAAUUGUAAUCCCCAACCAGUCUAGUCAAGGGCAUUUGCCUUCAUCAGGAGUGCAAGUCUAUUACAGUGUAAUGCCCGCUCCCCAUCAGAAUAACAUGAGUUCUUCUGUAGGAUACCUGCAACCUCCAGGAACAGAGCAGAUGCAGUUUCCUCUGACUUUAUCUCCUUGUAACUCACAGCCGCUCCAAGCCCAGCACUGUGCAGCACUACCACGUGACAGUGGAAUGGUAAUGAUGCAGCUGACCUUACCUACCAACCAUCAACCAAGAGAACAUUCACCACCUCAAUGGAAACACAACAAAUGUUACAGCCUUGACCACCAGAGGGGCCAGAAAUCUACAGAUCUCAGUAACUUAGAUAGCGCUAGACAGAGCAAUCCACAGCUUGGUAGUCCAGCCACUUCACCAGCCCCAGCCCAGCUUACAAAUGUGAAAAACAUCCGUCCUGGACUCUCUCCCAUUUCAAUCAUGUCACAAUUUCCAAAACCCUUUGUCCCUGGGCAAGGUGACAUGCAAUACCCUCUAAUGCAGUAUAACCUUCCCAUCCGGCCCCCUCAACUCCAUGGACCACAUAUAGUUUCAAACCAUCAGGGUCAGCUGGGAAUUCGGCAUGGGGGAAGAGGAAAGAAACCGACUCGGAAAGCACUGUCCACUGAUCUCAGCGUUGGAGAACCAGUGAUUGGGAGAGUGCUGGAAGUAACUGAUUUGCCAAAAGGAAUUAGUCGUACAGAAGCCGACAAGCUAUUUGGUGAACUUUGUAAAGUUGGUGCUAUGAUUAAGUGGAUACCAGAUCAUCAACUACAGCAACAGCACUGUGGAAGUGGAGACAGCAAUGCGAGCACUGAUCAUUCAAAACCUCCUAGUGACUUGGCCUCCACUUACACAGUUCUAGCAAUGUUCCCUUCAAAACGUGCUGCUCAGAACGCAUUGAUCAAACAGAGUAACUUGUUGAGCAAGUUUAAACUGAGGACGAGCAAGAGACACUACGAUACUCUGGAAAGGGCUAGUUCUCAGUAGCAGAAACUGCUGCUUCGGACUUGGUUACUUCCAGUUCCAUUUAUCCUCCUUCCUAUAUCUCACUCAGUUGGUUUGAUUUAUAAUGGGUUUUCACUUCAGUUGUAGAGACUUCAGGAAUGUGUUGUCAUUGCAGUGUUCUUGCGAUUUCGAUAAAAAAUAAGUGAUCCAGCAGUGAACUAUAAAAUAAUAAAAAUUUAAAAAUGUUAUCCCGUAUUUCUUUUUCAGCACUGAAUGAAGCAUAUCAGAGAGAAGCAACAUUUUUUUUAAAUGUUUGUUUUUUUUAUUUUAUUUUUGUUAUAUUUGUGAAAUCUUGUAUUGGAUCCAAAGCCCAUUUGUACAGCUGUAUUAUUUUCAAAUUACCGUUUUGUUACCUUGUGUUUAUUUUCACCCCUUUGACAAAAAAAAUAAAACAACAAAAGGGAGCUAGUUUGCAAGCCAUGUAUUACAAUAUAAAAUCAAUUUUGCAGGGCCAUGUUGUUAGUGGUCCAUCCACAAUGCAGAAGUGUCUUGAGACUGAAUAUCAUUUUCUCAUUGUGCCUCGUGCCAGAAUUACUAGCUAUCAAAUUAAUACACUGGAAUACUAACUUAAUUGUGUUUUUAUAUAAUAAAUAUCUAGCCAAAAAACAUCUUGUACAUAAUGUAAAUAUUAGCUACAUAAUGAAAGUGUUUACAACAAAGCAGCAAAAGCAAUACUGGCAAUUGGCACAAUAUGGGAAAACUAAAUACUUGGUUCAAAACAGUGGUUAAGAAUUUUGAAAAUACAUCUCCCUUUUUUAUAUACCAGUGUAUAUAUCUAUAUCUAUAUAGUUUAAACAUAAUCCCCACUGAUUUAGCUGGUCUUCUACUAUAUGGCAAUUUUCCAUUACAACUCAGACUAUAUAUUUUUCCAUGGUCUCCAGAUAUUUCAUAUGAAACAUCCAGACUUUCUGUGGCAUCCUAUAACAAUUUGACCACUGGGAUUCAACAAAAACAAUGAACCUAUUAUUUUACUUUUUCCAAAUGUGUGUCAGUUCUGCAAGGCUGUACGAUGUUUGCUGGUGCAAGUCAUUUUUAUUUCCAUUUGAAACCAAUAAAUGUUUACAAAUGCCAAA